CGUGAGCACUCUCAAGGAGGCUGGACAUCUUCAGCCUCUGCUGGUGGCUAAUGCGGUCCCCGUGGAGGGCAGGAAAGGGGACUUCCCUCAGGGACUUGGCCAGGACUCCAAGGCUGGGGACUCUUUUGUCCUCGUCAGCUGUCUGACCACUCAUGGGAAUCAUCUGGGCUUAGGGACCAAACCUGGGAUUUGGAGCAGAGGUGAGACAAGCAGCUGCCGUGAGAAUGUAAAGGUUCCUCAGCCCAUCCUCCCUCCUUGCUUCCCCUUUCUCGGUUCAUCCCGCCUUCCACUUUGUUGGGGUUGACAUCCUGUGGCUUUCGUCGGGAUGGCACUGGUACCUGUCCUUACCCUUCCCUCAGACUCUUUGGGGAGACAACGGCAGACCAUUCCAUCCACGGGCAUGUCUGGGUGUCCGCUGUGCUGCUGCUGCUCUGUACCCCCUCACCCCACCUGCUCCUCUGGUUUGAGAACGGUGGUACUGUCUGUCUUGGACAGGCUGUGAACAGGCUACAGGAGAGAUAACCGGCAGCUGCUGGCUGAUUGAAUGAACUUGUGACCCCAGUUCGAAGAUGAGGAAGUCAGCUGGGAGAAGUGACAGUCUUCGAGGGGGCGUGGCCACUCUUGGCUGCCUGGGCUUUCUUAGGAAUCAGGAUUUAAAUCUAAGGACCCUGUGACCUUCUCUCAGACACCCCAUUCCCACUUCCUGCCUCAGUUCCUUCUCAGUCUGGCCUUUUCCUUUACCCUAACCUGUACCAGCCCCUGAGCUGCCCUCCCCACGGAGCAGAAUCAGAGAAGAGCUGGAGGAACAUCCAAGGCUUCCUUCUUAUCGGUCAAAUUCCAAUAUGACGCUCCUGUUCAGUGUGUUUGCUCAAGGGGACCUUUGAGCAGCUCAUACUCCUGGAGGCUUCUAGCCUCUGUUCCUAUUCCCUGUGACCCUUGGAUCUCAGUGACACAGAGACACCCUCACCCCUGGCCUCAGUGACAGCCCCACCCCUGGCCUUUCUGAGUGUGUGAGAAGACCACUUGAGCCUCUGUGCCUCUGGUCUCUCCCCAACAUGGCCCUGUCCUGCUCUGUGCCUCCCCACCUGGCCCAGCUUAAGGCCCUGCACAGGCAAGUCUGUCCCCCAGCGUGGGUGCUGGGCCUCUGAUGGCUGAAGGGGUGAAUGGAGCAGCGUCAGGAGAGGAUGUGGUACGUGGAGUCGCUCUUUGGCAAGCAGUCAGAAGGGCCCGCUCUCCGCCCUAGAAGGAACUGCUUCCUGGAGCUCUCAUGAUGCCUGAUGCACUUGAGGAAGUUGAAGGCAGGAACAUGAGCCGCCUAGACACGAGUAGCAGCUGCUCGUUCGAUGCCGUGGAUAAGCUGAUGAAUACCUUGCAGCUGGCCGUCCACAUCCCAACCUUCCUCCUUGGCCUGGUCCUCAAUCUAUUGGCCAUCCGAGGCUUCAGCACCUUCCUGAAGAAGCGGCAGCCAGAAUACAUCGCCACUUCCAUCUACAUGAUCAACCUGGCGGUCUUUGACCUGCUGCUUGUGCUCUCACUCCCAUUCAAGAUGGCCCUGCCGCAGGUGGAGUCCCCCUCCUCAGCCCUCUGCACUCUGGUGGAGUGCCUCUACUUUGUCAGCAUGUACGGCAGUGUCUUCACCAUCUGCUUCAUCAGCCUGGACAGGUUCCUAGCCAUCCAGUACCCACUCCUGGUCAGCCACCUCCGGUCCCCCAGGAAAACCUUUGGGAUCUGCUGCAUCCUCUGGGUCCUGGUAUGGAUUGGAAGCAUCCCUAUCUACACUUUCCAUAGGGAGGGGGAAUACAAAUGCUUCCACAACAUGACUGACAGCACCUGGAGUGCCAAGGUCUUCUUCCCCCUGGAGAUCUUUGGCUUCCUCCUUCCCAUGGGCAUCAUGGGCUUUUGUUCCUAUAGGAGCAUUCACAUUCUUCUGGGUCAUCGGGACUACAUCCAGAGAGCCUGCAUCUGGACCAUCGCUACCAAUCUUGUCAUCUUCGUGGUCUCCUUUCUCCCAGUGCACUUGGGUUUUUUCCUGCAGUACCUGGUGAGGAAUGGCUUCAUCUCAGAGUGCAGGAUCAAGCAGAGAAUCAGCCUGUUCCUGCAACUGUCCCUGUGCUUCUCCAACAUCAACUGCUGCCUGGACGUUUUCUGCUAUUACUUCGUCAUCAAAGAAUUCCGCAUGGGCAUCAAGGCCCACCGGCCCUCCACAGUCCAGCUGGUCCACCAGGACACCGUAAGCACCAGGGGUUAAGGGAAGGGACCCCUCUCAAGGGAAGGAAAUCCUGAUCCCAAAUUCUCAUAAGGAACAUCCAGUGCUUCUUUGACACUCGCUAAGUACCAUCUUUGUUCUUUAUACCCCUAAGACUUUUCCACAGCACCUGAACGGCUGACCUAUGUCACGCUUGUUUGGGGUUUGCUAAAGAACCAGGUGACUUCUUCAUUUCUAAGUCCAAAAUGUGUGAAGCAGAAGAAUCAAAAAAGAAAAUGUCACUUUAAAAAUCUGUUUCUCAGCUUUCCCAUCUUUCUGUUCUGUUGGAAGAGUCUAGAAGGGAAGAGAGAGAUGGAGAAAGGAUUAGGGCAGGGAACCAAGAGCAGUUUGGUGGAGAUACAGGGAUAGGGAGAAAUAUGCCUUCAAGAUGGAUCAAGCUUACCCUUCUUCUCCAGACCCUUCUGAAGCUCUGUUGACAAUAACCUCACAGAAAUCAUGACAAAGAGGGCUUCUAAGGGCUGAGCAAAUUCCCUUCCGGCCCUAGAAAGGCACAAGAGGCCAUCCAAACCUCCUCAUGCCCCUGAGACGGAUUAGAUGGAGGGAGGGGGCCAAUGGGGGCAGAGUGGAAAGGGACUAGAAUAUAUACCCAGGGAAGGAAAGAGACAAGACACACGGAGCUGGAACCGGACAUCCUUACUACCAUCCAGUAGUAGUGCUAUCCCAGAGCUAAGACAGCCUAAAAAUAAUAGCUGUCUUGAAGGUGGCCAGCCUUCUGUCUUGGACAGCCUUGAACGAGUUCAUCAGACCAAUAUGAAGGGGACGAGAAAGGAUUCGUCUUUAACCGUUUAACUCGGCUCAGCCACAGCAGCAUGGAGAAGCUGUCCUUAUCGGGUCCUUGUUGGGCAGCUGGCACUGGUGACACCGUCUAGGACGCUGGCCAGGAAUCGGAGGUGGGGAGGGGCUUUCUUCAUUGGGCAGCACAAAGCUUGGAUUGGAGGAGGGUGGUGAGGCGCUCGCCAGUUCCUGGAGGGAAGCUGUAGACAGCUGAAUCAGUGUUGGAGCCUCAGCCGCUCGGCUCUUCUCCCCUGGCGUGGGAGCUCACAGAGACAGCUGAAAGCCUCGCUUGCGAUGACUCAGCUGCUCCAGAGAGUGAAGCGAUAGAAGGAUAAAUUGUGGGGUGUUUCUGCAAGACAGAAGGAGUGGGAUGAGAAGAAACCCAUGAGACUUCACAUGAAUACGACACAGGUCUUCAGGAAGAGAUGCGGGCAGCCGCAGCCCUAACCAACAGAUCCCACAGGAUAAGAGGCUGGGGGAGGGGUGGAGACAUGGGGAGGGGUGGGGGAAGAUGGAGGUGUGGCUAUAAUCUGGCACCUGCCCACAAAGCCGAAGCUGGAAGUGAGCAAGGAUGUAGGAGGAAGGAGGAAGAGGAAGGGGAGGAAGAGGAAGGGGGGAGGGAGAGGAGGGAAGGAGGAAGGGAGAUGGGCAGGAAGGUUGAGACAGGGAGGGAUAGGAAAGGGGAGGAGCGAGGGUAGAGGCCCAGCAGCUUCCUCCUGAGAGCCUGUCAUUCCCCUUGGACUGGAGACCAUGGAAGGGCCAGGGUGGCUGUGGCAGUGUUUAGGUGGCACUGUGGAGCCACCUGUGGGCCACUGAAGGGAGAUUUAAGGAAGAGAGUUAAGGACCUCCACAGGGGCUGGAGGAGCGAGGUUACUAGAAUCAGAGUCCCACCUCAGGGCUGGGCCUCCAGGAACCUGUCGGUGGAGACAGGGCUGUGCAGACCCAGAAGUGAGGGUCCCAGCCGAGGGUGCGAGAUACCACGCAUCACACUGAGACAGCCUGACUGUCACCUACAGCAGAGCAUUUGGGGCCGCUUUGGGUCAGUCCAUGACUGGGCAGGUCUUGGGACCACCUCCUCCAAGUUCUCUCUGUUUACAGAGCUGUUAGUCCACCAACAGAGUCAAAUAGUCGCUCGUGUGCAAGUCUGUCUGCCAGGCAGGCUUCUCCCGAGCAAAGGCUUAGCAAGCCCUGACUACCCACCAUCCCCAUCGAUGACCAAAGCUAAACCUGGUGUGUGUACAGCAAGACUAUGGUGGAAAGGGCUUUGUGUCCCCAAGAGGAUCAUUAUCUAAAGGGCAGAGAAUCUCGAGCCAUAAACUGAGGAACGGUAAGGACAAGGUCCCUGGAUGGGUACAGCAGUGUCAGAUUGGUGUGGUGACUCUGGACCUGAAGAUAGGGAGGAACAGGGCUUGAGAAUGCCCUGAUUCAUUCCAAAAUAGUGAGUGAAGGGAAGGAAAUUCUUGACUUUUCCCUUGGAGACUUACUUGGGUGUGUCCAGACUCAGGUCAUCAGUCCUACGGGUCCUCAACGGGCAACUGGACCGGCAGCACAGGAAGUGGGGAGGGCCGCGUUAGAGUUGGGGUGCAGCAGAUGCCACCAGUGAGGGAGGGAGGGAAAUCUAGGCCGUAGUUGUGGAGAAAGCCCAGAUUCCUGUUACUAACUAAUUAGAGGCUGUUGUUCAACCACGAAUAUGACCUUAUUUGUACCCAGGCUAGAAAACAUCAGCUACAUGUACAUGAAAUCUAGCAAAAUUAAUUGGAAAACCAACUUGAUUAACAUGAUUUACCAAAUAAAUAAAUUCAUUCAGUGCAUUAUGA